CAGUAGACCCACGGGGUCCGACAGCUCCGACCAAAACCCUGGACCCUACGUUUAACAGGCUGUUUGAGGGUUAGACUCCCCCAAAACAUGAGCAGUGAGUGCACAGGUAGACAGGGGGGCCGAUGAGCAGGUGUGACCGCUGAUCCCUCACCUUUACAUCUACUUGAGGGUGGCGGGCCCUGAGGAGCCCAAGGCCAUCACCAUGGCAACAACUUCCUCCCUGCUCGGCAGAGGUCUGGGUCUGGUCCUGGUGGAGUUUCAGUAUGAGUACCAGGGUCGGGACGGGGCUCUGAUCUCCAUCAAACCCAACGAGCGUUAUGUCCUUUUGGCUAAGACCAACGACCACUGGUGGCAGGUCCAGAGCGACCGCAGUUCGAAUUCCAAGCCCUUCUACAUCCCUGCCAAGUAUGUCAAGGAGCUGCCGCUGGACUUCCCCUCACCUCUGGACUUUGCCAAGACCAUCAGUCCUGAACCGGUGCUGCUUCCUGUGGUGGCACCUGUCCCGGUCCCGGUCCCUGUCCCUGUUCCAAAGACCCUGGAGGAGCCCAACAAAACCAAACCAGGGGACGAGGUGGCGAUCCGACUUAGACCUGAUGCUUCCAACAGAUACCGCAAGACUGAGAACCGUAUGUCCACAUUCGGUGUCCCGCUGGACUUCCAUGACCUGUCGCCUAUUGUGGCGCCGGCACCGCGACAUCCCAGCAAACCCACUGCUGCUCCCACAGAGACCAGGACCACAGCCACCAGUGAGACUACAAAGAAGGCAGACAAUGCUCUGAGCAAAAAGAGCUUGUCUGGGUUCCUCGACGACCAAAAGGACUCCGGGAAACAUCGAGUUCCCAAUUUCAGUCCAGCAGACCCCAUCUCUAUACCCCGGCCCCAGACCCAGCCCAUCCCUGUGGAAACACCGGUGGUCCCAGUGGUACCGGUGGUCCCAACGGUACCGGCGGUCCCCGCUGUCUCAGCAGUGCCAGCAGCCCCCGUGGUCCCAGCAGUGCCGGCAGCCCCCGUGGUCCCAGCAGUGCCGGCAGCCCCCGUGGUCCCAGCAGUGCCGGCAGCCCCCGUGGUCCCAGCAGUCCCGGCAGCCCCCGUGGUCCCAGCAGUCCCGGCAGCCCCCGUGGUCCCAGCAGUCCCGGCAGCCCCCGUGGUCCCAGCAGUCCCGGCAGCCCCCGUAGUCCCCGUGGUCCCCGUGGUCCCAGUGGACCCUGUGGUCUCAGCGGUCCUCGUGGUCCCCGCACCCCCCCAUCACAACAACAUCCACAACACGUCCUUGGCAUCUUCAGAUCCCCAUGACAACUUAGAGUCCCCCAUAGAACCGGAGGAGGAGGAGGAGGAGAAGGAGGAGGAGGAGAACAUCUCCGAAGAAGAUUCACCGAAGGAGGAAGAUUCGAACCACAUCUACGAGUCCAUCCUAGACCUGAACCUGGACCUGGAGGCUCUGGUUGGAGGAAGGGUGAGUCCUGCAGGGCCGCCUGAACCUGCACCUGUACCUGAACCUGCACCUGCAACUGCCCCGCCCCCCACACAGGACACCAGCUCGCUCGCCCCUAACUCGCCCAUCUACGCCAACGUCUCCAGUCUGAAGAAAACGUCCGUCCCUCAGAUCUCCAUCUCUGGCCCCGCCCUCCCCCCGCCUCCACCAGACCACCCCCCUCCGAUCCCUGACCACACCCCCUCGUCUUCAGUUUCCUCCUCCUCUGGAAUGAUAAGCCCCGCCUCCCCCCUCAGCCCACACGGAUGGCAGGUGCACACCGACCAGGACAGCGGGAAGGUGUUCUACUACCAUCCUGUGACCAGACAGACCACCUGGUCCGACCCCCGCACCCCCCCGACCCCGCCUGCUCGAGACAUGGGCCAGUCCAGGGGCAGCGAGGGGAGACAGCUGGCCUCCCCCUCCCCUCUGACCUGCCCCGCCUCCUCUCAGGGUUCUUCUUGGGAGCAGCUGGUGGACGAAGUCUCAGGGAAAUUUUACUACUACAACCCCACCUCAAGAGCCACGACAUGGGACGCACCAGAGACAUCUGGCCCCUCCUCGUCCUCCUCACCCCCACCAGGACCUGCAGCCAGCAGGAGGUCCGGCGUCGGCCCGCCUCCGUUGCCAGAGGAAGACUAUCCUGUAGACGUCCACACUGACAACGACUCUGUCUUCACAUCGAAUCCUCAACAGCACGCCAGUCUGAUUCCCAGAGCUCAGCUGGACCAGAAAGAUGCAAACAGCUCCCAGAGGGUGCACACCGACCAGGACAGCGGGAAGGUGUUCUACUACCAUCCUGUGACCAGACAGACCACCUGGUCCGACCCCCGCACCCCCCCGACCCCGCCUGCUCGAGACAUGGGCCAGUCCAGGGGCAGCGAGGGGAGACAGCUGGCCUCCCCCUCCCCUCUGACCUGCCCCGCCUCCUCUCAGGGUUCUUCUUGGGAGCAGCUGGUGGACGAAGUCUCAGGGAAAUUUUACUACUACAACCCCACCUCAAGAGCCACGACAUGGGACGCACCAGAGACAUCUGGCCCCUCCUCGUCCUCCUCACCCCCACCAGGACCUGCAGCCAGCAGGAGGUCCGGCGUCGGCCCGCCUCCGUUGCCAGAGGAAGACUAUCCUGUAGACGUCCACACUGACAACGACUCUGUCUUCACAUCGAAUCCUCAACAGCACGCCAGUCUGAUUCCCAGAGCUCAGCUGGACCAGAAAGAUGCAAACAGCUCCCAGAGGAGGCAGCAGGAGGCUCCGCCUUUGCCCCAAUGGCUGAUGGGAAAUGGAGUUUCUGAGGAGGGAACAGUUCCACAAGUGAAGAACUGGAGACACAGCGUGGCCGAAGUCCCGUUUGCUCCGAGCCACCGGAGGAACGUCUCCGACCUCAGCGAGGUGACCCUCAGGAAGCAGUCCCCCGACAGCCCACAGCUCUCUGAAAGGCACAAACUGAAGAGGAAUCUGUCCAAUCGCAGCACAGGCUCCCACCAGCAACACAGCCACCUGCUGGAGAAAGCAGGGAUCAUGAACAAGACGAAAGUGGCUGAGAACGGCAAAAGGAUCAGGAAGAACUGGAGUCAGUCCUGGACCGUCCUCCACGGUGGGAUCCUCACCUUCCACAGAGACCCCAAAUUUGCUCCAACUGGGAACGCUAAUAAAUCGUCACAGAUUGUUCCAGAAUACACCGUCGAGCUGAGAGGAGCCUCGGUGAGCUGGGCCCCCAAGGAAAAGUCAUCGAAGAAGAACGUUCUGGAGCUGAAGACUCGUCAGGGCUGCGAGUAUCUGAUGCAGUACGACACGGAGAGCAUCAUCAGCGAUUGGUUCAAAGUGAUGCACGACGCCAUCAGACAGCUGGAACACGGUCAUCAGUCAGAGGACGAGGACGACGUCGCUUCGGACAAAGAAGAUAAAGACAAGAAGAGGACACCGACCACGAGUACAUCAGGAACUGCCGACUCUGAGCAGACGCGAGUUCGGACCAAACUACGGCGUUUCCUCCAGCGCAGGCCGACGCUGCAGAGCGUUAAAGAGAAAGGCUACAUCAGAGAUAACGUGUUCGGCUGUCACCUGGAUACACUCUGCCACAGAGAGAACACCACCAUCCCCAAAUUUGUGGAGAAAUGUAUCAAAGUGGUGGAGCGGAGAGGUCUGCAGGUGGACGGGAUCUACAGAGUGAGCGGAAACCUGGCUGUAAUCCAAAAACUACGACACAAAGCUGAUCAUGAAGAGCAUCUGGACCUGGAGGACGGACAGUGGGAGGAGAUCCAUGUUAUCACGGGGGCUCUGAAACUUUUCCUGCGGGAGCUUCCAGAGCCGUUAUUCCCCUUCAGCUGCUUUGACAAGUUCAUCGCUGCCAUCCAAGUCGCAGACUACAGCCUGAGAGUCUCCUACAUGAAGGACCUGGUUCGCUCCCUGCCUCUGCCGAACCAUGACACCAUGGAGCUGCUGUUCAAACAUCUGCGCAAGGUGAUCGAGAACAAGGAUUCCAACAGGAUGUCGGUUCAGAGCGUUGCCAUCGUGUUCGGCCCCACGCUGCUCCGGCCCCAGUCUGAGUCAUCUAAUAUGACGAUCAACAUGGUGUUCCAAAGCCAGAUAGUGGAGCUCAUCCUCAGGGAGUUCCAGACCGUCUUCUCCCAGAGGUAGGGGGAACCUCCUGGAGCUCCUCUGGAACCAUGCAGAAGCCUCCGUGGACCUCCUGGAAGCCCCCCAAAUGAUGAGUCCUGCCAAAAGUCUUCUCAGGCUUUAGACCCAAACAUCACUUCCUCUCAAACCCAAAUUCACCAGGGACUGAACUUGGAACUCACUGGCUACAUGAUGUCCCUUUCUAACAAAUAGAACUUGUGAAAGUGAAAGUACCUAGAACUCUGCAGCAGUCUUGAAACUGACAGCAGCUUGGUUCUUCUUUCAAGGCAACAGACCAAAUAGAACAUAAUUUUCUUGUCACCUUAAAAACCCAAAACACUGAGCAAUAACUCUUCCAACAAAUUGAAGGUCCUUCUAGACCCUUGUAGAUCUCUGGAACCAAACAUCAUCACGUAAAUGUCUGUCACAAAAAAUCAAUAGACAUUCAAGUUCUCUGGGAUUACAACCUGAACCUGCAGGCUUCACCAGACCCCUUUCUAAACCCUGUGCCUGAAAUGCCUGAACCGAAGUGGAGCCAUCUGGGACCCGGGACUGGUUUUAAAACCUUAAACGUGAAUCAUGUCUCAUUGCAAAGGACCAACAAUUCCACGUCAAGCUAAAACUGUUUCAGAAGCUUCAAGAACCUUGUAGAUCUUUCUGGACCCAAUCUCAUCUUCUCUUCCUGUUUUUAAAAUGUAUGGCCAUUAAAGCUACGAGAGUAGAAUUUGGGGACUGCAGACUGAUACCCUUCUCUUAUCACUGUGCUCUACAUGAUCCAGAUGGAACUUGAGUGGAACUAUCUAGAACUCUGGACUGAUUCUAAAAUUUUAACCAGCAGCUUCACUGCUCUUUCAAGACCAAACAAACUUAGCACCUUAAUACCCCAAAAUGUCUCACUUUGUGAAAGAACUGUCCCAACAUUUUCCAUAUCCUUCCAGAACCUUGUAGAACUCUGGACUCAAACAUCCUCUCCUCCUUUUUAAAUCCUGUGGGUAUUUAAAUGCAUGGGUGUUGAACCCGGAACUUGCUCUCACCACCAGACUACCAAGCCUUAUAAAACAUAGUUACCAAUCCUUUGACUGAGAGCUAUCUAUACAGGUUCCAGAUCAUUUUGGAACCUUGAAGAACUAUAGAACCAAACAUUAUCAUCCUCAAGUUAAACCUGGAAUCUGUUGGUUACACAACACCUCUCUCUCACCACCAGACCACCAAGCCUUAAAUGACCCAGGUAGAACCUGUGUGGAACUAAAACCUUGUACUGGUUCUAAGAUCAGAAAUUCUUGCAUUCAGACCCAUGACAACCUGGGAAAUCACAACAGACCAACCAUCUUCAGGUUGUGUCCCACUUGCCUGGCACCUCAGAAACACAAAGUAUCGCUACAACCUUCCAAACUCUUGACUCUUGACCUUUGGGGAAGACAAGAAAGUUCCAGGUGUUUUGGCAUUCAAAUACCUCUCAUCCCCAAAGAAAACCUUUUCUGAGCCAAGAAACACCAAACAGGAUUAACACUGUUUUUGAGGGAAGACCUCAGACUGACCCGUCCUGAAGACAGCCUAUGGAAUAUUUUAUCGUCAAUACUAUGUGAUUCUAACUCACUAUCCUCACUCCUACCUGAAAUCUGUGCCCAAGAAUACCAAACAUAUUUACUUACAGAGACUCUGGAGCCCCUAAAAAUAAAUUCUCAACUGAACAUGUACAUUGUUCACAAGACUCAAACCCUCUGAAGAUGUUAACAGAGGAAGGAAAGCUCUGUGUCCACAACUACUUUUGUGUCUUUUGUGUCUUAGAUUUGACUUACUGCAGGCAUCAAAAGACUUGAUGCUGAUUGGCUCAAGUCUUACCUGCUCACUCAAUGUUGUAAUCGAUGACCUCUGCUGCUGUACAGGUUUCAGAUUGUUUGUUGAUUAGUAUGGACUCACAGCCUCAAUCACACUUAGUGUUUUACGCUACGAACAAUGGAUCUUCUACAACCACACACCUGCGUUUACUUUCAUUCAAAAUAUCUACUUGUCCAUGUUCAGUAUAUUUACGGCCCGCUCUCAUUCCCAGAGCGUGACUUUGUCACGUCCUUCAGCGUCCGGUACCGACACAGAUCCUAGUUCAACACACUGGGGGAAGCCAUCUAGCGUCAUUUUUCACUACUAUAAAUAACCAAAAAGUCAGAGUAAGGAGGCGGUUGGGAUGAUGGUGGGACUGACACCGGAUUUUCUCCCAGGAGCCCAUUGUUUGUUUCCCAUGUGAAGCAAAAAGUCACUAUUGAUUCCUUUUAGUGAUUAUAAUUUAGGGUCACGUAAGUAACGUAGGUAUUUUAAUCCAAAUCAUGAUCUUUUCCUAAAACUAACUAAGCGGUUUUGGUGUCUAAACCUAACCCAGCUGCAACAUUUAACAACAUUAACCACUAGUUUUACUUUGAAAGUCUAACAGGAUGGUGCAUAUUCAUUCUUGCUAACUUGACUGCGGAGUCCUACACCUUCAAAACCAAUGCUUAACAAUGCUAAAGGUACCCAGGGCAUUAAAAAACGACACCAAAGGGUCUUGACAAAGCGUCCAUAUAUGACGGGAUGAGAGCGGGUGAAUUUAGACUCAGUAAGUAAGAACUGAUGUGUUCAAAGUAUGGAUCAAUAUAUUAACUUUCAGGCUGUGUUGCAUUCACUGAUGCUGGAAAACACACAUUUGCACAGAAAAGUAAUCUAAGUCAGUAUAUAUGUUGAUACAUGUUUUACUGAAGACCUUUGUCAUAUUAAACACUGGAUCAAAAUGUAAUCUUGGUGACGUGAUGUCUUCAGGUACAGUAUGGAGCCGACAUGUUGUUUUAGACUUUCAUGAAAUGAAGUCAGAAUUCAACUGAGAAACUGAAUCAAAUAAUUCCAGUCUUUGUGCUAAGCUAGGCUCGACACACCCUGGAGCUGUCGAUUAAGACAGAAAACAAGUGGAUUUAUUAAAUCUAAAUAACGUUUACUAGAAAGUUCAGAGGACCCAGGAUGAUUCCCUGAGGGACUUAUCGAAUACAGAAAACAAGAUUUACAGAAAUGUUAGUGGGUUUUUUUAAGGGAUGAAUUUUACAGGAACAUUUUUACUGUUGUUUGUGUCCUGCUGUAACGAUGGGUUCAAGAAAUGAUAGCGUGUACAAUGUAUGUUUUUAUAGUGUUGAGUUUAUAUGUAUUACAGAUAUAGAACAAAGUUAACAUGGACGACUAACAGAUUAAACUCUGUACAUAAGAGGGUAUUUUACUGACCUAAUAAAAGAGAUCUUUACGCCAGUG